AUGAUGCUGGCCAUCCUACGGAUGAAGCUGAAUUUAGAUCUUCCUAAAGAUGCGCGGACUUUGAUUAGAACACCUACCCAAGUGUCAAUCGACGGGCUGCCACUACACAAGGGUGGGCCAACUCAGCUUUGGCCUAUUCUUGUAAAGGUGGUAGAGUUGCCAAAGCUUCCGGUUAUGACGGUAGCCACAUUUAGUGGACCAUCAAAACCGGAAAGCAUCGAAGAAUUCUUGCGGCCGCUGGUGGAUGAAGCAAAUGAAAUUCACUGGGAAGGCUUGAUUGUUGGCGAUAAAACGUUGCAUUUUAGCAUUCGCAAUUUUGUCGCCGACUCACCAGCUCGUGCUUUAAUAAAAGCUACGACGAGCUUCACUGGAAUGCAUGGCUGUUUAAAGUGUUAAUGUGUUGGAGAAUACUUCACCCGGGGUAAGAAGGUUAUUUUCGAUGCCGUGGAUGCUCCCCUGCGUACGGACGCAGGAUUUCGGUCAAGAGUAUGUCCGGGCCACCAUAAAUCAUGGCGUUCGCCACUGGAAGACCUUCUACAGUUCGAUUUAAUUAAAAACGUUCCUGUUGGUGAACGACUUCAUUUAUUUGAUUUGGGGGUUACCCGAAAAAUAUUCCGAGGAUUUCUCGAAGGCAAUUUUGAAAGAUAUCCUCGGUGGUCCCCUGAAGUAAAGGAAGUUGUUUCUAAUUUUUUGAAACAGGUGCAGCUUCCUUCUGAAAUUCACCGUACGCUUAGAAGCGUACGGUAUGUUGCUUUUUGGAAGGCUUCCGAAUAUAGGACCUUCCUUCAUUAUGCAAGUGUUGUGGUUCUGAAGGACUUUUAUGAUGCGCAAGGCUAUAGUCACUUCCUGCUCUAUUUUUGCGGUGUUACGAUUUUGUCAUCAUCGUACUACCAGCACCUUUGGACCCGUGUGAAAGAUUUCCUUUCCCGAUUUGUUAAGGAUUUCGGCACAUAUUAUGGUCGUUCCCACAUGACCAGCAAUGUCCAUAAUCUCCAACACGUGUUUGGAGAGGUUGCAAUGUUUGGACCGCUUGAUAACUUUUCUGCAUAUUGCUUCGAAAGCCAUUUACAGCAGAUCAAACGUUGGGUUAGAUCUGGCAAGAAGUGUGCGGAGCAAGUGGCAGGUAGAUCAAGUGAAAUUGCCACCAUCUACAUGACUACCAAUUUAAUUGCUCCGAAAUAUCCAUAUUUGAAGACAAACGGUAUUGGUUUACACGUGGCCGCCGAUUUUGUCCUACUACCAUAUUUCAAAGACCAGUUUUUCCUAACAAAAAAUGAUGAUGUAGUUAAAUUUGUAAAAUGUAAAAAAUCAUCAUCAUUAUUCCCUAUCACUAUAGUUAGGGUCCGGUUUUUGUUCAAAAUGGCGCUUUUCGAAUUAAAUUUUGAAGAUAACUCUAUCGCAAAGACAUCUUCAACUGACUUAAAUAUUUAUAAAAUUAUCGAAAAUUCGCCAACUAGGCACAUGGAAGUAUCCUGGACUGGAAUCAAGUGUAAGCUGGUUCCAGUCAAGUUACCUUCGCGAUCUCUCACCCAUCCUCAUGAUGCUUCCAUCACAACUCCGGAUCGAGGUGGCAGUAUAAUUUCGUGGGACGACCUCUUUUAA